GAGAAGGGAAUGGCGGCUCAUAUAAGCCAGAACCGACUCAAGGCCCAGGGCGUGGGCCAACACCACAAGGCCCGGAACUACAGUAACCAGAGCUUCGAGGAGCUGCAAGCACUCUGUCUGAGGAAGGGGGAACUGUUCCAGGACCCCAUAUUCCCUGCCGAACCCACUUCACUGGGCUUCAAGGAACUGGGCCCCAACUCCAAAAAAGUGCAGAACAUCUUCUGGAAGCGGCCCACGGAAAUCACAAGCGAUCCUCACUUCAUUAUGGAUGAGAUCACCACGACCGACAUUUGCCAGGGGAUACUUGGGGACUGCUGGCUUCUGGCUGCCAUUGGUUCCCUUACCACAUGCCCCAAACUGCUGUACCGCGUGGUACCCAAGGAGCAGAGCUUCCAGAAAAACUAUGCUGGAAUCUUCCAUUUUCAGAUUUGGCAAUUUGGGCAGUGGGUGGACGUGGUGGUGGAUGACCGGCUGCCCACAAAGAAUGGCAAACUGGUGUUCGUGCACUCAGGCGAGGGCACUGAGUUCUGGAGUGCCCUGCUGGAGAAAGCAUAUGCCAAGCUGAGCGGGUCCUAUGAAGCACUGUCAGGGGGCAACACGGUAGAGGGCUUUGAGGACUUCACAGGGGGUGUGACCCAUAACUUCCAACUCCAGAGGCCCCCUAAGAACAUGCUGCGAAUACUUAGGAAGGCCACACAUCGAUCCUCUCUCAUGGGCUGCUCCAUCGAAAUCACCAGCGACAGUGACUUGGAAUCCGUGACCCCGAGGAAGCUGGUGAGAGGACACGCUUACUCAGUGACUGGACUUCAGGAUGUCUGGUACCGAGGCAAGAUGGAAACUCUGAUUCGGGUCCGGAAUCCCUGGGGCCGGAUUGAGUGGAAUGGAGCCUGGAGUGACAAUGCCAGUGAGUGGGAAGAGGUGUCCCCCGGCAUCCAGAAGCAGCUGCUGCACAAGAGGGAGGAUGGGGAGUUCUGGAUGUCCUACCAAGAUUUCCUGAAGAACUUCACAUCCCUGGAGAUCUGCAGCCUGAUGCCGGAUGCGCUCUCUGGGGACUACAAGAGCUGCUGGCACACCACCUUCUACGAGGGCAGCUGGCGGAAGGGCAGCACAGCGGGGGGCUGCAGGAACCACCCUGACACAUUCUGGACCAACCCCCAGUUUAAGAUCUCUCUCCCCGAGGAGGACGAUGACCUAGAGGAUGAAGAAGCCGUCUGCACCUGCCUGGUAGCCCUGAUGCAGAAGAACUGGCGGCAGGCACGGUCCCACGGAGGCCAGCUGCAGACCAUUGGCUUUGUCAUCUACACGGUUCCAAAGGAGUUGCAGAACAUCCAGAAUAUCCACCUGAAGAAGGACUUCUUCACGAAGUAUCAGGACAAUGGCUUCUCAGAGAUCUUCACCAACACGCGGGAGGUGAGCAGCCAUCUCCAGCUGCCACCAGGGGAAUAUAUCAUCAUUCCCUCCACCUUUGAGCCACACAGGGAUGUUGACUUCCUGCUUCGGGUCUUCACAGAGAAGCACAGCGAAUCCUGGGAAAUGGAUGAAGCCAACUGUGCUGAGCUACUCCAGGAGGAGAACAUCUCUGAGGAUGAUAUCGAGGAAGAUUUCAAAUAUUUGUUUGAGAUGGUGGCAGGAGAGGGCCAGGAGAUAGGCGUGUACGAGCUACAAAGGCUGCUCAACAAGGUGACCUUCAAACUCAGUAACCUUAAGAGCAAGGGCUUCAGCCUGGACGUGUGUCGCGGCAUGAUCAACAUCUUGGAUAAAGAUGGCUCUGGCAAACUGGGGCUCCUGGAGUUCCAGAUCCUAUGGAAAAAAAUCAAGAAAUGGACGGACAUCUUCCUAGAGUGUGACCAGGACAGCUCAGGCACCUUGAACUCCUAUGAGAUGCGCUUGGCAAUUGAGAAAGCAGGCAUCAAGGUGACUAACAAGGUGACGCAGGUGAUGGUGGCCAGGUAUGCAAAUGAGAACAUGAUCAUGGAUUUUGACAGCUUCAUCAGUUGUUUCCUGAGGCUGAAGGCCAUGUUCACAUACUUUCUAACCAUGGACCCCAAGAAUACUGGCCACAUUCACUUGAACCUGAACCAGUGGCUGCAAAUAACCAUGUGGGGCUAGAGGGGCUUCAGGAGCCUGGCUCACUACCACCACCACCACCACCCGCCCACUGGGGGUUCUGCCCCAGGGGGGCGAGUACUCUUUGCAGCUCUCAGCUCUGCAGUCUCUGCUGACAGAAUGGGCUCCAGUAGCAGCACUUGGGCCCAGAUGCCAUGCUUACUCUAGCAGUGAACCUCCAUG